AUGGCGGCGGCCGCGGCGUGCGGGUCCCCCGCCAGCCGGCCGUCCCGGGAGCAGCCCCCGCCGCGGAAGCGGGGCGACUCCCGGCGCAGGCAGGCCGCCCUCUACUUCCUCAACAACAUCUCCCUCGACGGGCGCCCCCCCGGCCUGGCCCCGCAGAAGCCGCCGCCCCCCUCGGCCCCGGCGGCGGGGGAGGAGGAGGCGGCAGAGCCGGCCGGAGCCCUCACCCGGCUCCUUCCCGCCCCGCUGCCCGCCAGCGGGCCCCCCCCGGCCCACGCCGUGGGGGCCAAGGGCGAGGCGGAGCCGGCCCGGCUGGCCGCCUUCCUGCCCCAGCUGCUCCUGGGCGGCCAGGUCGGGCCCACGCCCCCCACGCCGCCCGCCCUGCCGGGCCCCCCGGGGCUGCUCAGCCCCACGCAGCUCGUCCCAGGAGGAGGCGGCGGCGGAUUCACGCUGGAGGUGCAGCGGCAAAGAACUAAGCACAUAUCUGGAUCGCCAAGACACAAAAGCUUGAAGAAGAUGCACUUCAUCAAGAAUAUGAGACAAUAUGAUACAAAGAAUAGCAGGAUAGUAUUAAUCUGUGCUAAACGAACCUUAUGUGUGGCUUUUUCUAUCCUGCCGUAUGGGGAGAGCUUACGAAUCAGUGAUCUAAAAAUGGAAGGGCAGAAACAGCGACAUCCUUCUGGUGGCGGUUCAGUCUCUUCAGAGAUGGCUCUUGGAUUGGAAGGAGUGGAGCUUGGAGCUGAUGGCAAGGUUGUGUCCUAUGCAAAGUUCUUGUAUCCAACCAAUGCCCUUGUUGGCCGCAAAAUUGAUAAUCAUGGUGCUGUUCCUUCAUGUCGAUUCAGUGCUUCACGGAGCCUUACGGGGUCAAGACAUAAAACUGUAACCACUAAAACAAUACCACCAGGAACAGAAAUAGGAAACGAAGUUGGUGAGUCAUCAGAGUAUAAUCCGAAUCUCCUGGAUGAUCCUCAAUGGCCCUGUGGGAAACACAAGCGGGUUCUCAUCUUUGCAUCUUACAUGACCACAGUAAUCGAAUAUGUGAAACCCUCAGACCUUAAAAAGGACAUGAAUGAAACUUUUAAAGAGAAGUUUCCUCACAUCAAGCUAACGCUGAGCAAAAUUAGAAGCUUAAAGAGAGAGAUGUGGAACUUGAGUGAAGAGUGCAAUCUAGAGCCAGUUACUGUGUCAAUGGCGUAUGUUUACUUCGAGAAGCUUGUUCUCCAAGGCAAGCUCAACAAACAGAACCGCAAACUGUGCGCUGGUGCUUGUGUGCUUCUUGCAGCCAAGAUCAGCAGUGAUCUCAGGAAACAUGAAGUUAAACACCUUAUUGAUAAACUAGAAGAAAGAUUCAGAUUCAACAGACGAGAUCUCAUUGGAUUUGAAUUUACAGUGCUUGUAGCUUUGGAGCUGGUCCUCUACCUUCCUGAAAACCAAGUUUUACCUCAUUAUAGACGUCUCACACAGCAAGCCUGACCAAAGCUACAUUCCAGCUGCUCACCAGUGGCUCUGGGGAUUAACAGCAUUACUGAACAUUUUGCUCCUGAAUUUGACACUUGCCACUGACCUUCUCUAUGUCACAAUGUACAUCAGAUCAUGCCUACAGCUAGUUUGAAGACUGCAGCAUGAUUUUUAAACAGUCAAGGUGUACAUUAACGAUACAGGUACCAAGUCUGUAUCAGGAGAUGGUACAGAAAGGGUUGUCUUGAACUUUAUUUUCCUUUGGACAUUAAAGCACAAAUGAUUCACAAACUAGCUGCCUUUGUGGCUGCUGGUUAUUCUGUAUUUUCCUUUUCAAUUUUACUAGGAAAUGGUCAGUUCUUCCCUACAAAGGAUGCUACACUAUUGUUCGCUUAGAUUGUUUCAACCUUUAUUUUCUUCCUUGAAACUAAAGGGAGCAACACUUCCAUUCAAAGAAAUCAUAAACUUCAAAUAGUGUAUCUGAGAAUUUUCUUGCAUUUUUACAUUAAUAAAAUGCAUACU